CUGUCAAACAGUUAAUAUAGUUUCUGCAUCUUCUUCUCAGUUAAUCCGUAUGUUUUUGGAAAUGCAAUGCGCCAUGGGAGGCCUUUCCUGGUCAAAGACCGCCACCACCACGGCGCCUCCCAGCUGGGAGACAUACUCCUGGUGGUCGCCAUCACCGAUACCCUCUCAACCUCCGGUACCCGCAACCUCCCGGAACCCCACACCCUCCCGCUUUCCGAGCCCCUACUCCUCCAAAUCCUCCGCGCCCAGUUCCUCCACCCCUCCAGAAAACUCGAGUUCUUCAUAUGGUGCUCUCUCACGCAUAACAUCAAACACUCGGCGCGCACCGCCUCCCGCUCUGGAUUCCUCCACGAGGUCCCUCAAUUGCUUCACUCCAUGAAGGAGGACGGCGUCGUGGUCGAUUCCCGGACCUUCAAAGCCCUGCUCGACGCGUUUAUCCGGUCCAGAAAAACCAGGUGGGUUUGGCCAUGGCCAUUUUGCUUAAGCUUCUGGAGGGAGGGGAUUCGAUUCAGGUGCCGAAUUCGAUUGCCUGCAACGAGUUACUGGUUGCUCUCAAAAAAUCUGACAUGAGGGUUGAGUUUAAGCAAGUUUUUGAUGAACCCUAAACCCUCAUUCAUGUGCUCUGCUUGGUGGGGAAGGUGAAUGAUGCACUUACUGUAUGGGAGGAAUUGAAGGGCUCCGGCCAUGAGCCGGACGCAAUUUCCUAUUCAGGGAUGUUGUAAAUGUUAUCGAAUAGACGAUGCCACUAAGAUUUUUAGUGAAAUGCAGCUCAAUGGAUAUAUCCCUGAUACCAUUGUUUAUAAUUCUCUGAUCUUACCCAACAGCUUCGGCUUUUCUCCUAAUCUUACCCAACCUUUUAAUCUCAACCAUUUAUGUACAUCCUAUGGUUACUUCAUAGUAGUUUAUAAAUUAUUUUCCUCUUAAAA